AUGGAAGCAAAGUUGAAAGAAAAUGGCUGGUAGGGGUUUUUUGCAAAGCUGUAGCAAUUUAUUUCGUUCUUUUUUUCCCCUUUGUAAUCGACGUUCAACAUCGCUUUGAAUUUUCUUACCCCGCACGCUUGAUUUUUCUAUGCUCAUUUCGGUGAUAAAUUUUCAGAAGUUGCGGUUUUUCGCGUCAUCCACCUCAAUCUAGAAGGUGUUCGUUUCGUUUUGAAAACUGUUCCAGUUUGUUUCGAUGAAACGAUCGUUUUUAAUUGCAGGUUUCUCUCCUCCGAAGGAAUUGCAGAGUGCGAAAGGGUUUGCAACAAAGACAAGCCAUCGUUGCAGGAGAUGUCGAGGGCAGCCCUAAAUGUGAGUAUUACACAAAACGCGACUUUUGACAUUUUACAAUCAAGGUUUCUUCUCGCGGUAUAUUUCUACCCCUUCGCCGAUAAAUAGCUCCACAUUUUCGAUCCUUGUACUGUACAAUUUAGCCAUUAAACGGCGUGAAACUAACUUUACUUGUCGGUGAAGCUGUUUUCCACUGCUCAUUAAAUAUGAACAUUUUAAAGUUUAAUGCCUCUGUGAAUCAGCUUAUGACGGGAUAUCCGAUUGACUAUUGUUUUGGUUUCCUUUAAUUGAUUUUUUGAUGGAGUUUGCCUCCAUCUCCCGCCGAUCGUAUAUCAUAACUUCAUCAUGCUUUUAAGCACGCUUAAAGUAAUGACAGAAUAAAACGCUUGUAAAGCUCAGGUAUUUUUUCUUUCAAUUAUCUAUUAAUCGUUCCAUAACCUACCAUAAUGAGAGCGGAUUUUAAUUGAGUGCUGUAAAACCGCAACAAACUGAUUUCCAUGGCCAGUUGAGUAGCACUUAAAAAAUUAAAUGAACAUUCCAUGAAUUCAGUGAUGAAAGCUCUCAGAUGUAGUCAGCAUCAAUGGGUGAAAAAGUAGGGAGUAAUGUUUAAGGUAAAAUAUUAACAUAGUACUAAGAACACAAGUUGGAAUUGAUUGUCUGUAGGGGUGUUGUCAUGAACAUGAGAGGUGAUUAUUGGGGUCAUUUUAACCGAUAUCCAGAAUUAGUAUAUACACACUCAGUGAUCUUGGUGAUUUAAGCAAUCUGAUUGGUUCGCUAUCUCGGACUAUUCAACAAUAUUCACCUCCUAGCGAGUGGAUAAUGUGUGAGCUCAGUGUUUUUCCCAUUUUUUAGAGAACGAUCUUUUAAAAGUCGACAGAAUCCUAGGGCUGACUUUUUUUAAGGCAAGAAAAGACUUGGAAGGAUUCAAUACGGCGUUUUUCAAUUUACUGUAGCACUCAGUAGUAGCAGGAGUUUUGUGCUCGAUGGAUUGUUUACAACUCGCGUGUAUUCGCGUAGAAGAAGCCGUUUCCGUUUUCUAAGAAGACAAUUUUGGCUCAAAAAUCGAAGUUUAUUUAUGAAAAACAAAUUUAAAAGGAAAUGUUUGCAGAAAUUCUACGUUUCAAGUAAACAGGAAAAAGAAUGAUACAGAAAGACGACGUCUUACCUCGAGCAAAUGAGCCGCCAUUUUUGUCAGCACUUCAUGCGAAGAACGACACAACAAACCCUUUUGGCUAUAAACGUGGCGAGUCAACAGAAAACAACACAGGUGUACUUUUCUUCUCAGGUAAGGAAACAGUUCAAACUUUUAGCGGUUCCAUUUAAGCCAUUACGCUGUUGUUUGCGAAAUGAUAAACUUGUGAAUUGCCAUGUUUGAAAUUUCUGCAAAGAUCUAUUUUUAAACUUACGCGUGAUUUGAUCUGUCAAUCAAAUCGUACUUUUGAAUGGUUUCCUCUCUGAUUUUGUUGAGAUCACUUCAUGUGUAUAUACUAAAACAAUUAUUCUUUUCAAUCUCGGUGAAUAGUGGCUUUGGGAAUAUUUACCUCGCCGCUUUCGCGUCUCGGUAAAUAUUUUGCCACUAUUCACCUCGAUUUCAAAGAAUAAUUGUUAAGUAUAACAAUAGCUGGAAUACUAUUUGUUGCAACAGUAUUGUACUAUCACACUAGUCUUGUACUAUUGCAGUAGUAGAACUAUGGCGUUGCAAUAUUGUUAUUUGUAACCUAUGGUGUUGCAAUACUGUUAUUUGUGGUAAAUGGGUAAAAAGUUGUGAGAUGUUCCAAAUUUUCAAGUGGAAAGUACUUCCAGUGGGAAUUAUGGGUAUUGGAAGUCACAUAAUUACAUGUAUGGCUGAAAAGCUGCAGCAGUAAACAUCACGUUUAAUUUUAUGAUUUAGGUUCUGUAAUGGCGGUCAUCUUAAAAAAGAAAAACAGUAAGCUUAAGUCUGCACAUUAAUUUUGGUGGCAUGUAGCGGCCAUCAUGGUAGGCUGAAAGAAUGUAAUCUAACACGAACGCUAAGUGUUUUCUUUGGAUUGUGCUUGCUGUCUAUUGAUAUCUUACCUGGAAGCAAAUGGCUACACCUUCAAAAUUUUUUUAGAGUUUCGACUUUGUGAGAAAGCAUGAGAAAUCAGUUGCCAACUAGUGAGAGCAUGAGAUAGGUUGUGAAAUGGUGAGACUCAUGGCAAAGUUGUGAGACUUCAUGUCAAGUCUGGUGAGAAAGUUCCAUUAGCUAUCAUUUUUGUAACUCCGAAUAUACUGGUUAUACCUUUUACUAAAGUAAAGUGAGUCCAUUGUCACAUUUAUUGCUCUAAUAUUUGGCUUUGAUUUCAAAACAAAGUACAAACCAGGCACCUGCAAGCUAGGCAGUGAAAAAAAUGAGGCCUUUUUUUGGCACAGAAGAGGACUUCAAGAGAUUGUCAAAAUACACUGAUAGGUUCAUGUAUUGUUUCUUCCUUCGUAAUAUAGCCUCUGUGGCAAGCAUCAAAAAAGGGGUGGGGAUUGAUUGGAAGAAAGGAACUAAAGGAGGGAGUAGGGGAAGAGAGGGAGAGGAAUACCUGCUAUAAGGGCUCCCUUAGCCUGCGAAAACAGUUGUUUCUCCUUGCUCUUCGCCGCUGAGGAUGUUUCACGAGGAGGAACGUCUGCGACUGUGCGACAGAAAUUCCAUACUAAUGAUGUAAAUCAAUGUUUCUAUAAUAAAUCCGGUAGUCAUGGGGUUCCAAAAUUAAUGUAAUUUUGUUCAAUUUUGCAUUUCUCCUGGUCGAUUUUGGUAAAGUGUUGUGUUCAUCUGCAAACGAGCUCCAGUAAAACUCAAAUGCUUCUUCUAGAGAAGAAUAUAUCCCACAAAGAUUGACUUACUUGUUAUAGAUUCAUCGUGUUGACAUUUGACCUUUGUAGCCUUUUGUCUUUUGUCUGUCAUUCGUAAACAAUAGCUAAAACAAUGUAACUACUCCAUAGUCCAAUCAGCGCUUAUGACCAGAUUCUGAAACAAUUUUACGUCAUCAGUAUGGACUGAGUCGCAGAUGUUCCUCCUUGCGAAACGUCCCCAGCAGCGAUGAGUGAGGAGAAACGGCUGUUUUCACAGGCUAGGGCUCCCUUUUUGUUCAUUUUUCUGAUUGGUUGAGCCAAACUGAUCAUUGUUUCCAGACGUAACAAAUCAAUGACAUCAAUGAAAUCAAUGAGUAAUCAAUAGGUAAUCGAUGGGUAAUCGGUUGAUUAGUCAUUCAUUAUAUACGAUAUUCAAUGAGUAAUCGGUGAAUAAUCAAUAGGCCACAAAAUUUUCAGUCAUUGAUUAAUAAUUAUCGAUAUAAUCUCGUGGGUACGCAAACCAUACCAAAUCGAAAAUAAACAAACAAAGACUUCUUUGACAUAAAUAUCAUGAUACAAGCUUUAUUUAUUCAUGAUCUUUUACCCGGUGAGCACUCUGCUGUGGCUGCAUUUCUCAAUGCAGAUACAGACUCUACUAGCCAAGAGACUAAGACGGAUAACUCGACCUUCUGAACAUUUCAUUUUCGUCAUGGCCAAUAUAAUUAUAUUGGUUUUCUACACGCAAGUUCAAUUUCUAUUUGGCUAUUAUUAUAGUCAAGAACCAUUAACGUAAAUUUUUAUCAGUGGAAAUAAGUUAAGAAAAAAAUUGCGAGAAAUUGUAUGAGAUGUGUAAUCAAUGACUCACUGAUGGAUAAUCAUUAUAUAAUUGAUGAGUAAUCGAAUGCAUCAAUUACUCAUCGAUGGCAUCAAUGAGUAUAAAUCAGUGACAUCAAUGAGUAAUCAAUAGCUCACAAAAUUUUUGGCCAUUGAUUAGUCAUCGAUUACCCAUUGAUUAUAGUGAACAAUCAAUGACUAGUUAUAAUUAGUUGAUUACUUAAUGAUUACUCAUCAAUAUUACUCAUUGAUGUCAUUCAUCAGCAGUUAGUUACGUCUCUUUGUUUGUCGUGUUUGUUGAGCAACAGCAGUAAAACUGCUCUGUUUUGCUCACAAUAAUUAUUAUGAUUUUAUUUGAAAAGAGGCAUCUAAACAUGACAAUUUGCCGUAAUUAAAGUAACACAUCUGGAGUUUGGCCCAUGCUGAAAAGUGCUCCUUACUUUUGAGUAGUUACGUAUUUAAAGUUGACGUUAUCAGGUUUAAAGUUGGGAAAUUGGUGGGUGGAAUGCAAAAACACAGGCUCUUAUAACAGGCACUCUCCUUGCCUGUGUGACUGGCAUUGAAUUGGGGAGGGGAAAAAGAAGGAAAGUGGAGAGAGGACUGAGGAGACAAGAAAUCCUACAGACUUUUCUCAUUUUGUGCUUUUCCUUCCCUCUCCUUUCCUUUUUUUUGUACCAGGCAUGUAAGCUAUUGCCCUCUCUGCCUUUUUCCUCUGCGCUUCUCCCCACCCCUCCCCCCCUUCUACCUUUGUUUGCAAAGGAUGGUCACAAAAUGUUGUGGACAGGUUGUAAAAAAGUGAUAGCCUUGUCACCAACACUUACCUACAUGUACAUGUAUACUGGUGUUAGAUACAGUUGAACUGCCACAACAGCCAUCUCUCUACAACAGCCACCUCUCCAAUGGCCACUUUUUUUGGCCGACAGUCUAUACAGUCAAUCUUGUUUCAACCUCUCUACAGUGGCCACUUUCUUCUGUUCCCAAAGUGGUUGUUGCAGAGAGGUUCAACUGUAAUGAGAAAAAAUUCUCAGACUGCCAGCUUCUUUCUUUGUACAUCAUGAAUAUGCAUGUGUUCAUGUAGUGAAAGAAUAUACAUGUAUAUGUUACAGGUCAAUUGAUUCGCAAUUUCCUCUGUCUCCUGGCCCCAAUUCUUGAAUGAUUAGGACUACAGCUGUAGGAGACAAAGGAAAUAGAAAAUCAACCUACUCGGUAGGUUAAAAAAAUUUUAACCUGUAUUCCGGACUUUUUGUUGCCCCAAAUGGAAGCUUACAGGGUCAUACAGAUAUGUGAGAGUUUUAUCACUAAGAAAGCCAUGCAAGACCAGUAGUAGUGUAGUGUGACAGAUGAAUAGGCACUUUUGAGGUCAAUCUUUGUGAGAUAUGCAUUACUUUUGAUAAGUGAUACCGCCUUGUCAACAGUCACUUGGGAGUAAUGUUGUUGCGUGUCAGGGUAUGAAUUAACAUUGCUAUCUUGCAGUCUGCUGUAGUCGUGGAUAAGAUGGAUUUUGUCACUGUCCGGUUUCGGUAUUAAUCCUAGUGAGCUUACUAUAGUGGGUUAUUCAGUUGUAAUAAUGUAGUUGCCAUGUUGAAUUUCUUCCUGCAUUGCCUUUUCAACUUUGUUGCAAACAUCGUCUCCAGUUGUCGAUUUGUAAUUCGUCACUUCUUCAGGUCGUAGGUUGGAAUCAUGGGAUACAAUACAAAAGCCAUCCUUUAGCCCUCUCAAUAAAAAGUCUCGGUCAGGAUCAUUUGUCAGAUUUUCUGUCCGAGCAUCAAUGUUUUUGGUUAGCGAAGAUAGGUGUAGAAAUGUAGGGGAUCCGAGUCAGGUGUGUUGAGUUGACAUUGUUGUCUGAUGCUCUUGUUGUGGGUGGGGCUGAGAAAAAUAAAAUUUGCCACGAGGCAUACAUGUACAUGCUGAAAGCAGCAUUAAGGCCAGUUACAGCCGGACAAUGAGUUAAACUGCCAGCAGAUUGGUUUUAUAAGACGAGACUGCUGCUCAGAAUUUGAUCGUAUAGUGGGGUGGUAUAAGGCCUACCCGGGUUCUGGUUGAACUGAUUCACUGCACGAGGUUUUAAGAGAAACCACGUUGAGAGAUGCUGCGAAUCGCUGCCCUAGCGAGAGCCAUAAUGGUGCUGAAGUUUGCAAUAUUCGUUGUCCUACAUGACAACAGAGACAAGGGAUUCUAAGAGUUCCGCUACUUUUACAUUAUAUGAAUGGUAAUCUGCAAUUUGGCCAUGCCAGAAAGUUUUCCUGUGUUUGUCAAUUUGAGCAUAAUUGUUGCAUUUGCGGGAACGGCCAGAGAUGAUGAAAUAUUUUCUAAUUAUUGUGGCAUGCCCCUGGGGGCAUGUCGAAUAAUACUUGCAUCUGUAGAACCACCAAUUUCUUGUUCGUUCUCAAUGGAUCCAUUGUAAGUUGCAGUAAUUACAAAGUCGGGAAUAAGAAAAGGUUUUAUCUCACCUCCCUUCUUGUCCUGUAUACCAAGGAACACCUGCAGGUUGUUGUGAACCCUCUCGAGGGGCACAAUCAAUGGCUGUUCUGUGGCUCCGCGGGUGACAGGUGGGUCAUUUAAUGAAACUCCUGUGAUCUUUUUCAGUAGUUCUUCUAAACCGCCAUUGUUCGCCAAUGUCUUGGUAGUGACAGGUGUUGUUUUGAUUGGUCUCGCUGGUCAUUCGCUGGUCAUUCAGUUUUGCCAAGCGUGAAGCAGGAGUUUCUUUUUUCUGAGGGUAAGGUCCAGCGUGGCAAUGUCAUCUACGUGGACUUACUUCAAGGCCUCUUGAGAACACAGAUCGCUUUUCCCUAGCUCAUCAAUCGUCUUCUGCUUGAGCCCAUAGUCACUACCCCAUGUUUUAAAAUCAAAGAUUGCCAUCAUAAAAAAAUUCCAGUAUUGCUCAAGUAUGCUAACAACGUACAUGUAGAACGCUUGCUCAUUUAUUAUGUGCUGAAAGUUCGCUUAUACAUUGCGGGCAUAGUGUGGAAUUUCCGCUGCAGUUUAAUGGUGAUAAACAAGUCUAUCACCCACUUAAAUUAUUUUGAUGGUAACAUAUUAUAUACUAGAAGGUGAUGGUUACAUUUUGUAAUGUUUGUACUGUUUUAACUGGCUAUUUAUAAUAUAAUAUUACUUCGAAAUCCAUGUACGUAUGUGACCGGUCAAACUGAAAAUUUCUCAGUAAGCAAUGGUCAUCUUGAUCACACAUUUUCAGUUGAUGGACCAUUACAUGAUGAUUUUGAAUCCUGCAAAUGGUCAUACUCGACCUUCUCAUGAGAUGAAUCAAUUUGGAAGCUUUUAAUUAAAAAUUCAUAAAAAUAUCAACAUUGCAGGUAUUCUAAAAAAAUUGUUGCCUUGAUAAGAUAGAUUAAGCUAUAACUCGAGUUUAUAUACAUGUAAACCAGUUUUUGACCUGUGAUAUAAAAAUUUAGAUGGGAAUGUGAUGGUUAAAAUUUAUAAUGUUUGUACUGUUUGACUGGCCUUUUAUAAUAUUAUAUUAUUUUGAAAGCCAUGCAUGUACUGUAUGUGACCAGUCAAACUGAAAAUUGCUCAACAAGCAAUGGUCAUGUGGUUGCACAUUUUCAGUUGACAGGGCCCAUUACUAGCCUGAAUUUCACCCGAUUACUUCGAGUUGUUAUUACUCCCUCAGUAACGUCAGGAGAAAACGACUCGAAGCAAUCGGAUGAAUUUCAGGCCAGGCCCAUUACAUGAUUUUUUAACCCUGCAUCAAUUUGGAAGCUUGUAAUUAAAAAUUCAUAAAAAUAUCAGCAUUGCAAGUAUUCUAUUUAAAAGAAUUGUUGCUUUAUUAAAAUAGCCAGUUCAAUAUUGAGCUAUAACUGGAGUUUAACCAGAACAUGCUACAUCACUUGCACAUGAGACACCCUGGAAGGUAUGGGGUAAUGGAUUGUUCUUCUGUUUCCAAGGAUGUCCAAGUAGGAACAUCUGGGGUCACUGAUUUUUCUCACUUAAUAACAUUUACCAUUUAAUUUUACUGUUGUUUUUUCUUUACUUGGAAAGUUGUGAACUUCUGAAAUAUCUUAGAAAAGACCAAUUAAUUAUCUCAACUUACAUGUACAAAGAUCAAAACACAAGAGAAAACGACACACUUCAUGUAAGCACGUUGCACCAUUGCUGUUUGCAGUUCAGUUUUCUCAUGCCUGUACUUUUGCUGGUCCUGGACAAGUAGAUUUUCUUGCUGGGCAUGUACAAUACUUUCCCAGCGGGCAAGGAUCUAGCUAGGCAAGUCAUCAUCUUGUAAUGUCAUAAAAUCAUUAACUACAUUGUAAGAUGAGCAAAAAGUGGUCCCGGGCAAGCAAAAAUACAAUGUAUACAGUGAGAGCUGCUUUCCCAAGAGACUAGCUGCAACUCAAGAAUUUUUUUGGCCCUGAAGUCUACCGUCAUUGACUUGGAAUCAAAUUAAGGGCACUAUGUGACUGUAUAAUUUCAAGACUCUUGAACAAGAAAAGAAAGAAGCGGAUUAAACAAUUAAUGAUUAUCUAAUAUUUUCUUUCUUUGUUGAAUUUCUUUGGCAGCUGGACUUGAAACAGUAUGGCAUCAAACAUCUUCCUGAUGACAUUAACAAGGGCAAAGUGCAGGAGGUAUUACGUCCUUUUUCAAUCUUUAAAUCCAAGCUUAUGGCAUCCAUUCUCUGCUUUGCUUGUUACAGUGUGGUUGGCAUUUUCACCUACAUGUAUUUUUUAUCAGGGCUGUGCUCUAAGAGAGCCCAGUGGCCCCUGGCUCCUAACUUUUGCUCUCAGGCACCAAGAAUAUCUGCAGUUACCUGGAGGUUGUCACGCCCGUAAUGUAUGAUUAUUCUAAGAGAAACUUCAAUCUGUACUUGUAUGGGGUAGUGUUUGUUGUGUUUUUCAGUCAACUUUUGAUGUCCUAUUGAGUUUUUCUUUGGUCUUAUUGAUGGAAUCCUGCUCAAAGAUAUUUUUCCCCUGUCAAAGUUGUCUGUGACUAUUAACCCUUUAUGUCCUAAAGAGUGCAGAUCAGCAGAAAAUUUCUCUUUCUAAUAUCAAUGUUUUAAAAAAUGGAGUGGUCAUUAGAAUUGUGUACAUGAUAUGGGGAGAUGAGUCUUGAUUCUUCAACAAAUUCUCCCCACUACUUCUAUUGAAAAAUUAUAGGGACAGUAAAUGAGAAUCUCAAUUUUGAAAUUAGGGUUUAAAGGGUUAACACUGAUGAUGGUUCAAGGGGUACAUGAAGCAAGGAACUGCCUGGGUGGUUAUGGGGAGUGCAGCUACAGUGUGCAUGAAGGUGUAAAUGGGUUAAUUGAGCGAUAACCAAUGGGUUAAUGCAUGCAAUUGGGAAUUGCAUGCAUUUUUAACAUCCUGGACUGCACAGAGGUGCUGAGGACAUCUAUAUGGGUUACUUCCAUGUAACAGUGAAAAUAUUUAGGUUGCAUUGGGGAAAGGUGUGACUGCUUGCGUAUGACACCAUGAUAUAGUGAAACAGGAACAAGUAACUUUUGAGAAAAAUAGAUCUCUGGGUUUUGAAAGUGCACAAUAAUGUCUCUCUCUCCAAGUGCCAGAAAAGACUGAGCAAAAGGUCCUGUAAACUCAUCUGUUUAUGGUUGUUUAGGUCGCUUUGGGAAAAGGUGUGACCAUUAUGUUUGUUUUUUAUUUCUUGUUGUUGUUUUCUCUCUCAGGUCACUGGGCCCAUGAUCCUUCAGGUGCAGAAGCUACGCAACAUUUCUGCUCCAAAAGCAAAUGAAGAGUCAAUCCAUGCACCACGACUGCUAAAAAUUCAGCUGACAGACGGCCAUUUAACAUGCCAUGGAUUAGAAAAUUCAUCCAUUCCAGACCUCAGGUAUGAAGUUACUGUAAGUAAGAAAUGGUGAUUUUCACAGUUCUAUACAAUGCAGGGUUAAGUACAGUGGAACCUCGAUUUAACGGACUGCCAAGGGACUGGGGAAGUUUGUUUGUUAUAUCAAACACCUCCAUGAACAAAUUUUCAGGAAAACUACCAAAAUGUUUGUUAUAUCGAGGUACAAACUGUAAUAACAUUUCAGUACCAAGCUAUAUAUACAACUGUAGCUACUGCACUAGAAAUUCAAGAACAGGCAAACGAAACAGCUUAAAACUACCGUACACAUAUAUUUUAUCCUUGUCGGUCUGUUUGGCAUUCAAUUUGUUUUAUCACAUGCUGACAUUUUUUUCAUUAUAUUGAGGUAUUUUUAUGUUUGUGCUUGUGGAUUUUGCUCGUUACAACGAGGAUUUCAUUAAAUCGAGGUGCGUUAAAUCAUCAAGGUUCUGUUCCUUACAUUAUACUGAAAUUUUGGCCACGCUGAAGAAAAUUGUUUGUUAUAGUAUACCGAGGACUUUGUUAUACAGAGGUUCGUUAAAUCAAGGUUCCAUUUUAUUAGGAAUUAUUUUCAGAGAUCAGAGGUAAAAAUUUAGGGAAGAAGAAUGAAUUUAGCCAAUAAGUUAAGCUUUCUAAGUAAACAAAACAGCAGAGCCAAGGGAAAAUGGCUAAAGAGAGAAUGAGAGGACUUUUAAAUGAAAAAUGGGUCAAAACGUAUUAUUGCAAGAGAGGGAGAGCAAACAGACUAGUAGGCUGUUACUAAUAAGUCUGGUUUAUUAAUAAAAUUGUCGUGCUUAGAAAUAAGCAAAUUGCAAAAUUAUUUUACAAAGAUAUAGAUAUUAAUUAAAAAAGAAUUUCAAUUUAUACUAAUAAUUAGUUUAAAUUGAAUUUUUUUUAAGAUUUAUAUCUAUAUCUUUGUAAGGCCCAGUCCAUUUUGAACACAAUGUAAUUAUUACAUCGUGUUCAAAAUGAACUGGGCCUUACAAUAAUGAGGAGAUAUAAUAUGAUAAAUUAGAUAAAAAACUAGAAACUAGAAAAGGCAGGUACAAAAGUCGGACCUGAUCAACUCAGACCACCAGUCCGGGUCUGAUCAACUAGGAUCGACUUGGACCAACUUGGAUUGAAUAAAAAAAUAAAAAUGACGUAAAAUUGGACUCGGAUAAACUUGGAUCAUAAAAAAAAACAACUCGGAUCAUGAAAAGAAAAAUAAAAUCAGUUGGCAUCACAUACCUUUCACGCGCCAUUUUGUUUUUUUCUCACGAACUCGUGGUUGCAUAAUUAAAUUUUAUUUUUAUUUUUAUUAAUUUUAAUGACACACUAGUGAGCAGCACACAUACACUUCCAGUGAACAUUUUCAACUUGGAAGGAGGAGAAACCAUGCUCGCCCGGGACAGCAAAAAAUUUCGUACCCAGGGCGAGAAUUGAACUCAUGACCCUCCGAAUACUAUAUCGGACAUUCCAACCACUGAACCGGAGGGUCGCGAGUUCGAUUCUCGACUAGGUCGACUAGGGCUUGGAAAUUUCCUUUGUCCUGGGCGAGCAUGGUUUCUCCUCCUUCCAAGUUGAAAAUGUUCACUGGAAAUGUAUGUGUGCUACUCACUAGUGUAUCAUUAAAAUUAAGUUUCGGAAGUCCUGUAGAAAAAAACAAACAGGAACAAACAAACCAACACAUCUUCGGUAACUAUCUAAAUGCGAUCAAUAGACCAGGCUUUUGAUGCUUUUCUCAUAAAUAAUUCAGUACACUAAAAAAUAAGCAAAUAUAUACAUUCUAGGCGACUGAAACUAUCAGAGCAGUGAUUGUUUCUUUUGUUUCUUAACAGCUUAUCAAUUCCUCCUGGCACCAAGAUUUCUUUGACAGGUACCAUUACUGUCAAGGAAAACUUUCUGAUGCUGGACUCAAAUAACACCAAGGUUUUGGGAGGAGAAGUAGAAAAACUAAAAGAAAAGUGGGAAUUGAAUAAGGUGAGCAUUAAUUUAUUGUGACUUUGUAGGGUGGUAAACUGAUACACUGUAUACUGCAAUCAGCCAGCAGAUUACGAUACCUUUCAGUCGUCGCCCCCAGUUUAAAGAAAAAAUGUCUUACCAUUACAUUACAUUGCAGGACAAUUAGCAGAGACAUUAAAAUGUGCAAAAAAGGCAAUAAUGAAACAGAAAGUUUGCAUACACUGUACAUCUUUUGAGAUGAAUCUUGCAUCCUUAAUAAUCUGUACACCCAAUUUCACAUCAAGAAUUUACUCAUUUUAUUAUUUUGGGUAGAGGGUGUAGCUUGUUUUAUUUUGUAUUUUAAUUUGUACUAAUUUUUUGUGCACUAAUCAAAAGUGGUUGAAUAUUUUAGGUAAAGUUUCUUUUCUACAUUUUUGGUUGACUUCUGAAGUAAAAGGGGGCAACUUUUGGCAACUCCCUGUAUCACUAAAAAAAAUUUAUUAUAUAAACACCGAUGAAAUGCCAGGUGAGCUUUCGCACAAAAACAUGAUAUCUUCACAUGUGAAAGUAACAUGUUAUCUUCUCAUGUGAAAAUAUCCCCGUUGCUAAGGCCACAUAAUAAAUCGCGCCUUUCACACCGAAAAACUAUUAAAGUGAAAUGGUUUGGUAUUUCAUAUUAUAAGCACAGGCAGGAAAUUGUUUGAAGUACAUUAUUUUACAGAACAAUAACAGGACAUUGCUGAUCCUAGCAGUAUGCAGGACGCUUGUCAAAUCUGAACCUACUAUAUGGCCUUGCUCUCCAUGAGUUCUCUGUAGCUCAAGUGGAUAGAGUGCUCACCCAGUGUUUGGGAUGUCAUAGGUUCGAACCCUGUCAGGGACUCAGAUUAUUUUUUUUGUCCCACGCUCGUGACAUGCUGAUUAUUUCAUUUUCACAAUAAUAGCUUAUUUUGUUUAACUGUAGACCUUAGCAAAGCAUUCACGUAUGGCUGUCAGCGGUGAUGGGCCUCCUCCAUUUGUUCCAUUUGGUCAAGGACUGCAGACUGGUAUUGAUAGCAAGGGAAGAUCUUCUGACAGCACAAAAGGUGAUUAGCAUUCUAAUAUAGAAAAAAAAUUCCACUUAUUUGAAUAACUCUGGCUUUCCAAUAGCCGGCCCACAGACGUUAUUCUAUUUUUUACCCCAAUAAUUGGACAGUACACAAGUGGGCAAGGAGUGUGAGAACGAAAAAAAGGAGAGGAUCGUCUAUUUUCUUUGUUCCGGACUCCUACCACCUUGGGCUUGCUGUGGUUUUUAUUUUCAUACAGGCUUGAUGAUCUCCAGAGAGAGAGAGAGAGAGAAAAAAAAAGGUCUCAGUCAUGUUCUACAUGUGAGGGGUUCCGGGAAAAUAGUACUGUUAUAUCAUGUUAUCUCUUUGAGAAAGGUUUUAGAUUUCUCUCAACAAGAAUUUCAUUACAUUAAUAUUUUGCUUAAUAGACCUCUUCAGCUUGGUAUGUGUUGUGGUUCAUUUUUGUCUCUGGUUUGAAUUUAAUUUUCCUUGUUUCAGACUCAUUAUCAUGUAUUUAAUGUACAUUACACCGGAAAAGUAAUACAUUUACACCCGGAUUUAAUUUUUUCUUGUUUCAGACUCAUUACCAUGCAUUAAAUGUACAUUACACCUGAAAAGUAAUAAAUUUACACCCGAGAUUAAUUUGAACCACAACAUAAAUAGAAAGUGUAAUACAAGGGAUCCAUCCUGACAAGUGGAUAAGUCUUGCAGAAAUCGAUGUUGUUAUUGAUUGGGGAGGGACUUAUCUAGUGAAUAGGGUCAUCUUUUAAACGUCUGGGGCGUGGUCUCUGGAGUAUACCGUAAAUGACCUAAUAAACGUCUCCUCUACUAUACGCUGUUAAAAUUUUAUUAGAAGCCCUGUUGAGAACUUUGCCCCGUUCACUAGGGUUUCCAGAUCAACGAAAGCUACACUAAGACAAUCAGUAGAGUCGAUUGUAUUUAAUCACUUGGCUCACUUGUAUUCGCUCGUUACAGCAGUUGUGCAAGAGCUACUCUCUCAAACAUGGAAAAGAACGCUCGAUUUCAUACUAGUAUACAUUAGAUAUGAUUGGUUGUUGCUAGGCGAUAAUCAGAAAAAGGUCAAUCAAUUCUUGCAGCUAAAGUGUUCAUUGUCUCAUAAAAUCUAGACCUAAUUUAAACAUCCGUGUCACUAUAUUGUCACGUAACAUGAAGUCUCCGACACACUCCCCCAUGCAGCAUUGCAUACAAGGGUGCAUUCAAUACUCAGGAGACUGAAACACCUAUUUUUACGAUUCCGAACAUAAUCAAAGGCUAGAUCGAAAACUUCGCUAGUAAUCACUCUGUUCAAGUUCAAAAUUGUUCAAUUUCUUCAUUAUAAGCAAUCUCCUUUAUUCUGGCAGCUGCCGCAGCCGCAGCGGUUCUUCUCGGUCUGAAAAUUGGCGCGUUAUGGUUCAACCGCCGUUCUGUUCCUGCUGGCACUGUGGGUUCGCACUGCAACUCCAACGGGUACAGGUGCUGAACAGGACGCUCUAUAACUCCCUUACUGGUUCUCAGCUGCACUGCACGGAUGUGGCCGUCACGUCCUGGGUAGGUCUGUUGGACAAUAGCUAGUGGCCACUUCCCUCGAUUCUUGCUGUCUGAUCGUACUAGCACAGUGUCGCCAACUCUGACUCGAUAAUUUGCCGUUUUGUGUACCAGGUUGUGGCGCUCUCUCAGGGCGGUUAGGUACUCACGUUGCCAUCGGUUCCACAUGUGAUCUUUGCAGGUCUGCAAAUAUUUAGCUCGUCUGCGCAAAUUCGGGUCUUGAAUUCUCCAGGCCUGUUCCUCAGGAAGCUGGUUGGUUCGUUGGAACAUAAGGCUAGCCGGCGUCAGGAUGGGCAGCUCAACAUCGUCUUCAACGUAACCGAGUGGGCGACGAUUAACCUGAGUCUCUACGUCCAGGAUUACUUCAUUCAAUUCGCUCCAGGACAGUGUAGCUCCCCCUAUGACCUUGUACAUCGCUGUUUUCACAAUUCCGAUCAGGCGUUCAAAUUGGCCGCCCCACCAAGGGGCGCGACUUAGGUUGAAUUUCCACUGUAUGUCAUGGGACUCCAGGAAUCCUUGCAACUGCUCGUCGCUUCGUACUUGCUUCAACCACUUGGCAGCUUUGACAAACGUGCUACCAUUAUCAGAGUAAAUGACAGCCGGACGUCCUCGUCUGGCUAUGAGGCGUUUGAGACAUGGCAGGAACGUACUAGUUUCCAGGUUGGGAACCAGCUCUAGGUGUACUGCUCUCGACAGACUGCAAGAGAAUAUCACCAGGUAUGCUUUCCCUUCUCGUUUCUGGCUCAGUCUGUAGUAGAUUGGUCCCGCAAAGUCUGUUCCGAUGACUUCAAAGGGAGCCCUGCCAUGGGUACGGUCUGUAGGUAGCGGUCCAGGGGGUGGUACUGUUAAAGGUAAAGCUCUGAAACGUUUACAGCCCCAACACGCGGAUCGCACAGACUUAACUAGCUGUCUCAGAGUUGGGAUCCAGUAUUCUUCACGGAUUGCUGCCAUGGUGAGGGAUACACCCCCAUGUAAGGUCUCGGCGUGCGUACGCUGUACAAGCUUUCUUGUAAAUAGGCUACCAGCUGGCAAGUAGACUGGGUACUGUCCUUGAACUCUGCCAUGACAUUCGAGUACCCCGUCAGCAUUUGGAACGAGGUUGAGUUCACGCUUGGUCUGUUCAAAGUAAGGCUUUUUCGCGUCUUGGGACUGGACCCUUCUUAUCCACCAAUUCUUCGACUCUUGUAUGUCUUCGCUAGUUAGUGGUCCUUUGCGCGCUCUGUGAGUUGUGAAACGUCGCACCCAAGCUUGGAUGCGUAGAGUUCGACGGAGAUCAUGUCGCUCGAGGAGUUCGUCGAACACGUUUCGUUCUUGUUUAGGUUGUACUUUUGCUAGGCUAAGCACUUCUCUGAUUACUUUCGCCUCUUCUUCAGAAGCUUGAGUUUUUUCUGUAACUGGGUUCUCUGGCCAAUUUUCUGGAUGACGCAGCCAUGAUGGGCCAUUCCACCAGAGCUCUGCAUUAGUAACCUGGCCUCCUCGGCUCGCUAAGUCUGCUGGGUUAUCGCUAGUAGGCACGUGUCUCCACUGAAUCUGUGGGUGUUGUUUUAUCUUCUGCACGCGGUUAGCGACGAACUGUCGGUACAGACCAUUUCCUAGUAUCCAGUGGAGGGCGACGGUGCUGUCCAGCCAACCGUAGACCGUGGGCUCAGGUAAGUCUUUCAGCGCGUUUCUCACGUUCACAACUAAGUUGGUAGCCAUGUGGGCGCUGACCAACUCCAACCUUGGUACGGUUAGGUUUCUUUUGGCCAAUCUUGCUUUUGCCACUACAAGGGUUUGUGUGAUUCCAUCUUCUUGGCGUACGACCGAGUACACCGCUACUCCGACUCCAUGGGUCGAUGCGUCUCCGAAGACAUGUAGCUCGAAUGAGAGAACUGGUUGCUGAUGUGGCGCAAUAGGUCUUCGUAUGGUUACUUCGUCUGGGAGUGAAUGUUCCCACUUAAGCCAUCGUACUCUGAGAUUCUCUGGGAUAGGUGCGUCCCAUGCUGCUUUGUAGUCGCACACUUCGCGGUAGAUUUGUUUGCCUUGCAAUGUCACAGGGCUAACCAGGCCGAGAGGGUCAUACACUUUCGAUAGUUUGGCCAAUACUUCGCGUUUUGAUAUUGCGCUACUUGUGUUUACGACGGGAAACUGUACAGCGAUAGUGUCCUCAACCUUGUUCCACUUGACUCCUAAUAGUUUUGAUUCACUUGGCUUGACUUGCAACUGUUGCUUUGCGUACGACUGCUCUUCGGCUUCUGCGGGAGAGUUGGCGCUCUUUUCACGCGUUUUAAGCUGGGUACUUUGUAUUUCUGUUUCUUGUUGGCGGCUAUCUUCUUCAAGCUCUGGACAGUUGGAAUGCCACUUGUGUAGCUUGAAUGUGGCGUCACUCAUGAUCUCUUGCGCUAUCUCUUUUCGCGCUUUAGUUUGCUGCUCGUUUUGACCGCCUGUUAACAAGUCGUCUACGUAGAAACUUCGGCGCAACCGUUCAGCCUCUUCUGGAUAUCUCUGCGCCCAGCUAUCGAAGUGGUAUUCAAGCACACCGCCCAGCAGAAAAGGCGAAGGGCCAAGCCCAAAGAGCACACGUGUGAACCUGUAAGUCUCCACUUCAGAGGUGCCGUCAGUCUGCCAAUGGAAUCGGAGUGCAUCUCGUUCGCUCUCAUGGAUUCGAAUCUGUAGGAAAGCUUUCUGUAUAUCUCCCGCUAAGACUACUGGGUAGGCUCUCUGUUGGACGAGCACGUCCCAUAGUCUGUUCUGAAGUGGGGGUCCUGAGUACAAACAGUCGUUCAGUGACGGGGAAUUGGGUGUCGCUCGGGCAGAGGCGUCAUAAACAAUUCUCAUCUUUGUGGUUUCAGCGGACUUGCGAAUUACGCACUUGUGAGGGAUGUAGAACUCCUUUUCUGGCUGGGAAACAGGGGGUGCCUUUUCGAUAACUCCUUCAGUCAGCUGCUCCUGAAUAAUACCAUUGUAUUUGACAGUAAGUUCUUCACGUUGGAGUUUUCUGGUCAGGUUCUUAAGUCGCUUGAGGCUGCCUUCCUUGUUUGAGGGUAGUGGUGAGUGAUUUGCCUUCCACGGCAAGGUAGUCUCGUACCAGCCCUCUUGCGAACGCGUUAAUUGCUCUUUAAAUUCUUCGUACACCAUUGCCCUGGUCAUGAUCGGCCACGUCACGUAAUCCCAAGACGUCUAGUUUGCACAAGUCCUCAUAGUCGCUUUGACUUGUUUGGGUAAACAGCAUGAUGUUUUUGUCGAACUCCUUUCCAGGGGACAUAAGGAACCAUCCGAACCUGGUGAGUUCCGCUACGGGGUCAUUUUCUCGUCCGAUUCUCGGUUUCGUUUCAGUUUUGAUUCUGGCAUACUCUCCGCUGUCAAGCACCACGUGGACCGGAAGAGAUGCUUUCGUGUCAUCAUCGUUGACAUGUACGCCUUUCAAAUGUGAGUACUUUUCAAUUAGCGUGCGAUAAUGAAUGAUUUUCCAGUAAUCGGAUACCCAUGUUUUGUGCACAGGAUUCUGGCAUCGCCAGGGGGCAAGCAUUGCGAGUCGCUACAAAGAAAUGUAUGGCGUGGAGCUGUUUCUCCGGUAAAAGCAGUGUCUUUGGACAGAGAAUGCAACAUUUUGCCGUGAUUUUAUGAGAAGCGGAGGUGACUAAUGUUGGUGCGAAGAAAUUGUAAGUUUUGAGGGAUCAAUGCGAUGAAAUCUAUCGAUAAACACUGAUCCUUGCAAAAGUCGACUGUGAAUUUACUGAAUGGUCUCGAAAUAUAUAGUACUAACUUAGGUAUAAAUGAGCGGGGAAUGCGGACUCAUUUAAGCCUUUCCAGUUGUACUUACAUGUGCUCAUAUUUACAACGAGUGUAAUUACGUUUCGCUCGGCGGCGAUCACAAUGCUGUGCCGGUUUGUGACGACGAUCGAAGGUAAGCUUAUGUAUUGUCGAAUUUGAUAUAUAUUAAAUUUAAAAACAAAAACAUCUUCCGCACAUUAGUAUAUUGAUUUCUUCUCGCCAAAAAAACACAAGCGAAAUGUUUUGUCAUGAUCCUGAGAACCGAUGAAUUCUAAUGCGUUUCCCAAUCAUUUCGAGGGAAGAUAUAGAAUCUCUGAAUUUCGCACAUCAACUUGGUAUUUAUUUUCACACUCACCGCUUUUGUGUCGGAAAUCUUACUCAUUUGUACGAUUUCUGCCUCAUCUACUAAUGGUUCAAUACCAUGUACUUUCCGUGAAAUAUUUUGUAGAUGUCACUUUUGUUUAUACCAAAGUAAAGGAGGAUUUUUUAUUUUUAUGGCCACGUACAUACCUACGAACGUUGUCUUGUCAUAACCCGCAAAGCGCCGCACAGCGCUGAUCGCGGCCGAGCGUAGUUACACUCGUCGUAAAUAUCACCACACGUAAUUAUGGCUUAAACGCUUAAAUGAGCCAAUCCCCCUACAUGUAUACCUAAAUUUGCACUAUAUAUUUCGAGACCUUUUCUUCGAAUUCUUCAUGUCUGUGUAAAUUCAGUGAACAUAAAUUUCACACUCAAUCUCACGCAAGGAGUGUUUAUCGAUAGAAUUUAUCGCAUUAAUCACACAGAAACUUGAACUUUCAACGCACCAACAUUAUUCACCUCCGUUUCUCAUAAAAUCACGGCAAAAUGCGGCAUUCUAUGUCCAACGACACUGCUUUUAACGCAGAAACAACUCCACGCCAUACAUUUCUUUGUAGCGACUGGCAAUGUUUGCCCCCUGGCGAUCCCAGAAUCCUGUGCGCAAAACAUGGGUAUCAGAUUACUGGAAAAUCAUUCAUUAGGGUUGUCAAUAGACAACAGUUCUGUCUUGUUUACUUUGGUCGCUUUGACUGACAGCGAAUAUUGAUGGUCAACAGAUUGUAAUUCAAGAUCGUAGACUUCUAGUCUGGCAACUUUUGAAGACAUUAGCAUAUCGAUUGUUUUUGUCUGGAUAUCAGCAGGCUUCAGGCGAAGUAAUUCGAUCAGUUUCGCUGAUACGUAUGAGCUCCCAGCUCCUGAAUCGAUGAGUGCUCGACAUUUAAUGCCAUUGACUUCUAUCACGAUGACAGGAAACAAACCCUCUCCGACUUGGUUUGUAGUCAAGGCGACCCCUCUCGUAGGUGUUGGCUGAUUAGUUUCUUGCCUGGGUGCAUCACAAAUGGACGUGUGGUGACGCUUGCGGCAUUGCUGGCAGGCGGAUUUGCUGGGACAAUAGACGGCGCGAUGGUUUCCUGCGGUGCAGUUGAAACACAGACGUUUGUUGAGGAGAAUUUGUCUGCGAUCAGAGACAUCUGUCACUUUUGUACAUUCGACGGCUUUGUGAUCUUCGCCGCAGUACACGCAAGGCCAACAGCGGGGUUUUAAAUCGGAGCCACGACGCGUGUGGUAAAUUCUUGCCUGCUGGCGUAAGUUCUGUUUUGCUGUUUGUUGUUCUGUUUGUUCGCGCUGGUUUGUAUCUGCCGGAUUCCUCCUGGUCCACAAUCGAACUGCCUCUGAAAGUUUCGCAAGGUCCCAGCUUUCCCAGCUUGGGUCGAUCCGGACGAGAUCUCCACGGAUCGCUGGCAAUUUGUCUAAAGUCAUGGAGGCCGCUCCAUUGACCUGUUCCAGUUUGUUUAAUGUCUGUAGAGCUUGCACGCAAUACGUUAGCUUUUCGCUAAAUUCACCAAUUUUCCUCGGGUUUGCGCUUGAAAUUGAGGGGAGAUCCAGAAUCUCUUUGAUGUAGGCUUUGACGAUUUCUGACUCCUUUCCGAACCUCUCGUUUAGGAUACUCCUCGCCCGAUUGUAUCCCUCUGCUGUGAAGGGCAACGCCUCUAUUGUUCUUUUUACUUUGAAGUCCAAUAGUUCUCGAAGGUAGGAAAAUUUCGUGAUCGGUGGAACGCUCGUUUUAUCGAUUGUUUCAGUGAACUGUCCCCAAAAUCGUGGCCAGUCUUUGUAGGUACCGUCGAACUUCGUUAUCGUCAGUUUAGGCAGCUUAGCUUGUAUGUCACUUGGCGUCGUCAUCGCUUCUUGGGGGUGUGCCGUAGCUUGGAUUUCUGCCUGCAUCUGUAUCUUCGCUUUGUGGAACUUAAGUUCUUCUUGUUUGACAACUGUUUCUGCUUCUCUUUUUCGGUCAUCAACCCAUGUGCGCAUUUUAUCCACUUCGUAAUCUGCCUUUUCCAGUUGUGCGUCAAUCCCGCUAUUCCACGCCUCGAUGUCGGCAAUCUCUUCCUUCGCUGCUAGUUUUGUCGCCUCCACUUCUAGACGCAUUCGAUUAAUUUCUGUAGUGAGGGACCGUAAGGUGGAAAGAUGCCUCUCGAUCGCUUCUGCCUUCCCUGCUUCUACGAUGGUGUUCGUUUUUCCAAUGCUCAUUUUCAGCUGUGUGACCUUGAUAUCCAGAUUUGCUUGGGUCGCUUCCAUCUUCGCACGGGCAGAAAAUCAGGACUAAUUAUACUUACAACAGUUGUUCUUAUCCUUCUACAGUCCCGUCGGAGGUGCCACUUGUUGAGAACUUUGCCCCGUUCACUAGGGUUUCCAGAUCAACGAAAGCUACACUAAGACAAUCAGUAGAGUCGAUUGUAUUUAAUCACUUGGCUCACUUGUAUUCGCUCGUUACAGCAGUUGUGCAAGAGCUACUCUCUCAAACAUGGAAAAGAACGCUCGAUUUCAUACUAGUAUACAUUAGAUAUGAUUGGUUGUUGCUAGGCGAUAAUCAGAAAAAGGUCAAUCAAUUCUUGCAGCUAAAGUGUUCAUUGUCUCAUAAAAUCUAGACCUAAUUUAAACAUCCGUGUCACUAUAUUGUCACGUGACAUGAAGUCUCCGACACACCUCUCUAAUAAACGCCCCCUGUCUCAUAGACGUCCCCCAUGGGAAUGACUUCAAAAUACUAGGAAUUAGCAAGAAGGUGAAAAAUCAUCCAAUUAUUCAGUUUCUUGCUGGAUUAACGAGGCUUUGCGUAUUUCAUCUUGUUCGAUGUCAAGUUUAAAGGAAGGAUAGACUAACGAUGGCAACAGGCCCAUUCAUACGAGGAAAAAUAAGACGCGAACUGUACCAUUCUUGACUCGUUUUCAUGUGAAUUUUGCCCUUAGCAAAGGCAAUCCAACAUGGCGCGCGUUUCAAAGUUACGGCGUCAUGUUGCGAUUUGCCGCAGAGGCAAUAUUUUGAAGACCUUUUUAAUGAAAAUGGCGGAGUCUUCCAGGAGGUCUGCUAUUGCCCUCUCCUUGCAUAACAAAAAAUCAUUUUCUUCAGCGGUGGACCACGUGUUUCGUUUUUCCUUUGUCGGCGUGCUCAUUUUACUUGAGCGAAGAAACAAAUAAAGCUUAAAAGUCUAGUUGGCAACUCAUGGAAACGAAAACGCUUUGUAAUUUGUAAACAACGUUUCCCUGCCAGUAGCCUGCCAGUCCACCGCGAGGCAAGCGAAAAUUUUCCCGCCAAAAAUUAACGCAUGCGUACUAUGCGUUUGCGUCUUACGUAAGACGCGAAGGUCAUUUAUACGACGUUUUUCUCCUCUUAGCUAAGACGCCUCUUAUCUAAGAACAGGUGUUAAGGGCUGUUCUAAAAUAAGACGCGUCUUAGCUGAGUCGCGUCUUAUUUUAGACGAAAUGUGCCGUUUAUACGGAAAGUUCGCGUCUUAUUUUUCCUCGUAUAAAUGGCCCUAUUAUGGAUCUCUGGACGGCCUAGAAGUAUCAAUUGAUAGAGUGGACAUUCCGCUAUUUGACUUCCUUAUAAUGCAACUGAAUUAUUUUCUUACGUCAUAGUUAAUGGCAUAGUUCAAAGUAGCACAGAGAAACCCAGGAACCACCAAAGCAAGGACUCUAACCCGCCAUCAAAAGCCAGAUCAUUCGAUAGCAGCAGGAAUAACAGACCCACCAAUCAUGAUAACAGGGACAGUGGAUACAAGAAAAUAAAUAACAAUAAUAACGGGCAAGACAGCAGAGUUGAGGACAGGAAGGGUACAGGUGACAAAACAAAUAACAGAUUCACAGCUGAAGAAAGACCAAGUUUGACUCAUUCAAAAGAAAGAGAGGGUAGAUCUGUUAAUUCUGAAGCAGCAAACAAUGACAGGUCAAGACAGGGCUUUAAUCCAACAGAUGAAAACAGAAAUAACAGCAGAACAGAGCAGAGGAGUGAGAGAUCAGAAAAGCCACCAUCCAGAACUCAGGUGAGCUUACCCUUUUUAUUCGAUUAAACGCCGCGGCGUUUAUUGAAGUUAAUUCAAUGGCGGCGUUAAUUUUAAAAUCACAUUUCGUAAAUCACUAAAGUCAAUUACGGUAAAUCAUUUGUAAAUGUUAUGUAAAACAGAAAGAUAUUUAAAGUUCCAAUAUCGCGCCUUAUGGCCGAGAAAUAAUCGCGAUUGUCUGGUUGUUUUAGAUUUAUAAUCCCUUGAACAGACGGCGUAUUGUUUUGAUUGGGUGUGACAUUUAUGCGAAUUCGGCGAUUAUUGAUAAUUUGUUUCAAUCUGCGGCGUUUACUGGAGGGCGGCGUUUAAUCGAGUAAAUACAGUAUUCUUGUUGGUCAUCGGAUAACUGGUCUGACACUGAUGAUGUCUUUCCGACAAAGCCAAUAUAAAAGACUAUGUAGGAUCUGCAUGGUGAAUUGCACGUGUGAAUUGUCUUUCCAUAGUCUUGAUUGGUUUGCUAAUGCAAAUGUGUAAAUACAGUUUUGAAGCUUAACAAGGUCAUCAUCAUUUUUGACAGGAACCGAGCAGGGGUGGUGGGAGGCUGCGAGGCCGUGGUGGAAGGCGUGAUUCAGGAGGUAAACUUUUUCACUUAACCCCGCUUGCGUGUUGACCGCUGUCAGAUGAGAAAAAUUUGCAAAUACUAAACUCGGUAUUUAAGGCUUUUCUCGUGUUGUCCCUACAUCCCAAGUGGGUUAACACGUCGGUAAACCCAUACAAAGUGUGAUCCAUUGCUUUUAUAAAAUAACUUGAAGUAAAACGGAGUCUUAUAGUGUGAUUUCUAUACCGCGAUCAAGUCGUGUCUUCUCUCUUAAGUCAUCAUAAACUAAUCAUGACUCACGAUUUAUAGCGCCGAAUUUUCUCAAAACUCAGUUCAGUCAAACAAAGAACAGUAGCACUUCACAAAACGAGUUUUUGCACUCAUUACAUGAGGACUUAUGAAAGAUGUUUUACAGAAAAAGUCAACAGAUAUUCAUGUUAAUUUACAGUGGAAGAAUACGUUCAUGGUUUGGUUAAAACAGAAAGAGAAGGUUGGACAUCAAUCUGUUUUGUUGAGUCGAUCCGUAAUUUCGUGUUGACAGACAGAACUGGCAGCUUUUGUAUUUUAGGGCGAAGGAAGAAGAUUCGUAACCCUAGCCUGUAGCCACCUUCAACACGUACCAGAAAGUACACGGAGCUGAUGCCAUUAAGGCCGACUGUGGUUGCUGAAACUGGUUGCUGAACAAUAACACGAGACGAAAAUCGUUGUUUUACUGCGCUUAUCGUUUCUUAAAUUACAAACAAAUUCUCCUCUCCAUCACCAUGGAAAUUGUAUGGAAGAUGGUGUGGAGAAUGUGCCUUUUGAUAUUUUCCUUUGUUGCCCUAUAUGAACAGGAAGGUUAAGAGGUGAAAAUGAGGAUGUUGAUGAUGUGGAAGACUAUAGAAGUAGGCAGCCUUCGGAACCAGCUCUCUGGGAUUUUCUGUCCACGAAAUUUCCAGCAGUUAAAGGUUUGUUCCAUUUGAUGUGGUUGAAAAAUAUAAAACGGCAGGUUUUAAAAAUUGUCAUUUUAUGAAAGAAUAUAGAUAAAAAGCUUGCGGUCAUUAUCUAGUGCGAUUUGAAAUCAAUUUGAAAAUUCUAAGCUGAAACUUUGUGUUUUAUCUUUUAUUUGGUAAUCUUUUCUUGUCAUUCUCAUAAAGUGUUUUACCAAGGUUUAUGUUACACUUGUGUAGAUCAUAAUAAAGAUGUGACGUCAUGAAACACAAGCUUGUGGUGUUACUGUGAAGUAUUAACAUUUAUGGUAUCACUGCCUUGAUCUACUUGUACAAUAUGGCGCCAACAGUGGAAACUUUGAUCUUUCCUUUUUUCUCGCUUUUUUAGCGUUGAAGGUUUUUGGCGCUCCAUUGUCUGGACAGUAGCUGUCAUCAAAUGAACGUAGAAGAAUUUUUUGACGUGUUGGUUUAGAAAAUAUAAUGUCUACAUUUUUUUUCAGUGCGAUUUUAAUGCAAUGUGACUUUCUGUCAUGGUCUCGAAAGGAGACGAAUCUACAUGAAUUGACAAUUGUUUUCGAAACGAAAUGUUGUUAUUUCUGUUGUUGACACCCUCCUCCUUAGUUCGUCACGAUGCAACAUUUGUCUUAACACCUUUACGUUACAUAAUCUUACAGAUACAAAGAACGAAAAGCCUCUGAAGUCAAUAGAGAAUCAGAAGACUGAUGAAGCACAGCAAGAAAGACCACCCCCUAGACCACCACCUAAACCUGACAAUGAUUUCAAACCAAGACAGCAGAAGCAAGAUCCUAGGGUGGAGAAAAGCGAGAAUGCUUCUCCUCCGAGACAACAGCAAGGUGAUGGACAGGGUGAAUAUGCCACUCCCAGAGCAGUGGAGAAACAAAGGCAAGAAUCGUCAGCGCAACACAGAGAUGGCAGACAACAGGGGAAGUCACAGAGGGAGCCGUAUUAUAAACAGCAGCAGAACGCUGGGCAGACAAAGGGGAAGGGUUCUAGAAGACAUGAUCAUGAUUCCAGACCAUAUAAUCAGAGCUUACCACCAAGGCUGCAGAAGAAGCAACAACAGCAGCAGCAACAACGGCAGCAUCAUCAGCAUUACCAGCAUCAUAAUCAACAUCAAACCGAGACAGAAGUCAGCAAUGACGUGACAGAAACUAACGCUGUGAGCACGCCUUCCGUUGCCCAGGAAGAUGAUGCUAUAAUAACAUUCAGUGCAGCGUCUGCCCUUCGCCAAGCUGAGUAUGUAGAAGAACCGCCAAGUCAAAUGUCACAACAAGUGCAGUUUCAAGAACCUCAGGGUGUGCCAUACAGUGGUCAGCAGUUUGCAGGGUCGGGAGGGCAGGGCAAGUGGCAAAGGAAUACUGAGCAUUAUAGGCGGACUAGUUUUACCCCUCCCAACGUUCAGCAACAGCAGCAGCAACACUUGGAGUUCGUGAGCAUGGCUAUGGAGACCCAGCGUUCCCAAGCUGCACAGUUUGUGAUGAGUCAAACACAACCGUACUUGGAACAGGGUGGGCAAGAGCAGGCGGAUAUGAACUUGGUGCAGGAAUAUCAAUACGCACAGCAAACCCAACCUCCUGUUCAGGCUUACCCAGUGUAUCAACUCCGUCCUGCUCAGUUGCCUCAGCAGCAGAUGAUGCCACAGCAGACCAUUCCACAGCAACCAGUAGCUGCUCCUAUGGCAGCAACACAGGUGUUUAUUUUUCACUGUUUUCUAUCAGAACCAUGGUGUCUUUGAAUAGCGUUAGCGUUAAUGCUGGAAUUAGCGCUCUCCAUCAAUUUACCGCCUCCAUCCGAAUCACCGCGCCCCUUUAGUCUAUUACUAUUUUAAUUUAAAUUUUACCCCUUUGAAUAAGCGCCUCUCCCCUCCUUAAAACCCGUUCUGACUGAAAAUACGGUAUGAAGUAUGUUUGUCUUUAUUGAAUGUAGCAUCACAAGUACGAUCACUGGAGAAUGACCCAAGUGAGGACAUCGCACGGCCUAUGUCACUGAUGCUGUUCCUCUGACAAUAAUGCGUGAGACAGAGUUUAGUCACAACAGAAUGCUCAGGGCUAAGAAUAUGCAACACGUCAGCGCGAACACGAAUUUUGGCUAUAUGCUGAAAGACACCUUCUAGUUUUCCUGUUUAAAGUUCCUGCUUUCGUUCAUUUGAAACAAAGAUAAAUGCCAUCUACACAGUAAUUUUUAGGGAGUUAUGAUAACUCCAAAAAUGGAGUAAAACUUUUAGUUACAGGAUAACCUCUUUUUGGGGGUUACUUUAACUCCUAAUUCAACUCCAAAUUUGGGGUCAUUUUUACUCCUGAAAAAGAGUUCUUUUUACUCCUUUUUGGAGUUAAAAUAAUUCCCCAAAAAUAACUCCACUGUAGGAAGUUAAAUUAGCCCCACUAGAAGAGUUAUUAUAACUCCUUGAAAAUUACUGUGUAAAGGGCGAAAUUCUGGGAAAUGAUAUAAGCUCCCCCAUUCAAAUAAUAGUAAGACCCCUCCCCUUUGAUUUAGCGCGACCCCUCACGAGUAAAAUAAUUAAAUACCUGGACCUGGGCUUAAAUAAGCAGUCCAACUCAGAGAUUGUUUCUAUUUAUUUUCAGGUUGGUUGGAAGAAGGGAGAUCACUGUUUGGCACUUUGGAGAGAUGGGCAGGUAAUUGACGUUUUCUUUCUAUUGAUUGCUUACCAUAUUCUCAUGGAGGACCGCGAUAUUCGUGACCUUUAGUUUUGAAACGAGACUGAAUCAGUACGAGGUCGAAAUUUUGAGCCAACGGUAUCUCCGGCAUUCUUUAAUACUCCUUGCUGUCACUAAUUGUCACAUAGAGAACUUGAGGGGUAGGACUAGUAUUAAUAACAAGUGAUCAUUUGUCACACGUGAACUUGGAUUGAAAACUCGUACUUGAUCUCGAAGACCUAGGGCUGGUUCCUCGAGAGUCCCGUUCUCUCUUAAUGUUUUUAAUCCUGUUAUGUUGUGUUUGAAUUAUUUGUUUCUAAGUAUUUGAGUGGAGUACCUCUAAACUAGCUGGAUAAGCUAAGUGCACUCUUCACUAUAAACAAGCCUUUAAACUUGUUUUAUUUUGUUGUUGUUAUUGCGCACGGAUGGAAAUUUCAAAGUCAAAAUCUCCAGGAAAACGGGCACGGUUGGUAGCUAACAAACCAGUCCUUUUUGUUUUAUUAACUGAUAGCUGUAUCAUGUCCUCUGCAAAGCUCUCUUAAUAUCUGGAUAUCGAAUGUAAACACAGCAAACGUAAAGGAGAUUUAUGAGCCCAGUAGUUUCUGGCACUGUCGAAACAGCCCCUAAUCAGAUCUCGAAGAUGGUCUUUUAGAAUGUUGUAAACGAAGUAAAUGGGGUGGGGUCCAAAGGACGAACAUUUAACAUCACGGAAGCAAGGAAAAUUUGAUUGAAGAUUAAAAAGAACCUACGAAGCCGAGGUGAUAUGAAGGUGCCUUGGGGACGAGGCUUGUUAUGAGUUGUUCGUAAGUAGGCUCUUUGAGGAACUUGGUCACGUGCUUGGAUACCACUUAGCAACGACUCGGUGGAUGGUAAGUCGUCCAAGUGUUCAUUCAGAUCUCAAAGCUUGUCGUGCGAUCGGACGAGGCCUUCGUACGUUAAUUCAAACUUCUUUAAUUACAGAAAGAUUAGACUAGGAUACAUUUUUAACGGAAUGCUUCGCUUGAUCGCAAUCGAAGCUUUGUGAUGGGAAUGAACGUUUGUAAGUUGUAUCCUAGACUUGCCCAGAAGUCGAGCUCAAAAUCUUCUCAAGCGCAAAGCGCGAGCUAGAAAUUUGUUAUGUUUUCGGUGGCAAAGCGAGAGAGAGAGCGCUGGGGCAUACUACCGGAACCGCAAACGAGAAGCGAAGGACUUUGAGAAAGUCGUAGUCGUAUCCAAGCACAUGACCAAAUUCUGCAAAGUGCUCUUUGACAGGGUUACCGGUCGUUUCGAUACAAACUCGUUUCGAUAAAAAUUUAUUCAGUCGACUUGUGAAUUGUUUCACGUACUUGGCAAAAUGUUUUUCUUGUUUAUGCGCAAGCUUUUCUUGAAAUGACCGAAAUCUUUGUGCAAUUUCACUGCUUGAGUUUGUAUCGAAACGACCGGUUUCCCUUGACAGUAAUCAAUGUAUUGUCAUAUCUUGGUAGUAUUACAGUGCUAAGAUGGAGGACCUGAUGCCAGACGGUGUCAGCUGUUUGGUAUCUUUCUUGGAUUUUCAUAACAGCUGUGAUGUUGUGCCUCUGUCGUCCUUGCGACCUUUUCCUAUCAUUGCCUGGGUAAGAGCUUAAAAAGUAUUCUUUGAAUGCGCAUUUACAUCACAGAAAGAUUACGCCUAUUACAUUUUCGCAAGGAGCUGUAUGCUGUAUGCUGUUUGCGGUUACCAGAAACUAUACCGAUGUGUAGUGUUAUCUUUGUGCAAUACAAUAUGGUAAUGCAUUACAAUCAUUGUUUUAUUCCCAUUUACCAACAAACAUACAAAGCUAUCUAUUUUGAUACAAAUUUACUCAGAGCAGACAAAGUGUGAGUUGUUCAAACUUUAUAGGCUCAUACCUGAAAUUGGAACUGAUUACUCUUUAGCUUUAGUUCCAGGAUCACUGAUAAUAACUUUUUGUGUUAACUGAUUUAGUUAAGUCUUUUGUUGUGAAUUCUCGAGCAGGCUUAAGAUUAAAAGGCGCGAAUCGUGUGUUCUGAUUGGCUUCCCAAGCGGGGUAGAUAGGUCCAUCAUUUCCCGUGUUGGACGCGCAAGAAAACGUUCUCCUCUUUGGCCAUUUAAUGGAUCCUUUAUUGACCAAAUGAUGGCUGGGUAUUGGCCUUGGUCUUAUUUGGCGUUUUUAUUGACCUCGACUUUGUCUCGAUCCAUAAUUGGUUGAUAUCCAGUCAUCUUAACCUCACGUUUGUUCAGUAACGCAUAUGUCUUUUUCAGGGAGACAGUGGCAAUUCACAGCCCCAACCAACAGGAGCUAUUGCCACGGUACCUUACUAUACACAAGCAACACCCGUCAACAUCGUGUCCAGACCCCAGAUGGUCAUCCCCGUCAGUGGACAGCCUCCAUUCCAUGCUGGGACGAGACCAACGUUUGUUCACUCGGCCCAAGUCCCACCUCAAGUUCACUGGCAGCCUGCAACGAUGCAGUACCAAGAAGUGCGGGCGGCAGCCUUCCAGCCUGUAAUGCAUUAUGGGGCUGUGCCACAGGCAUCCGCAGGGGGUCCUGGUCAGGCACCUUAUGGAGUCCCUACCGGAGGUGGUAUGCAUUACGUCAGAGGCGUCAAGGAUAUCCAAGGACAAGGUGUGAGAUAUUGAAACAGCAAACACAGAUCAUUUUAUCUACAAAAUAGGCACAAUUAUAGUAAUGCCUUCAGAUGUUUUUUGUGAUGCUAGGGGCUACAUACUGCUUAUUCUCGAAUUAGUGUCCUCCCUCAAAUAAGUGCCUCAUCUGAAUUAGCUUCCCCGGCCCUUCUGAGGCUAAAAACAUUGAUUUAGCACCAACUUUGCGAACCCGUUUACCGUACCUUAGAGAGACUUCUCACUCACUCAGCUUAAUACUGUAGCGGCACUUUUUGGUGACUGUCAAUUAUUCAGCUUUGCCCGCAGUCCAAAUCUCCAGGGCCGGGUUUUUCCAAGCUGCGUUAAGAUAAUCCAGGAUUAGUGCAAAAUUUAAACUCAAAUAUGAGAGCUUAAAAAACAAGUUCAAUUUAUUUCUCUUUGCCUACAAUUUGAUGAUUGGAUAGUCUAAAAAGAAUAUAGAAAAUUAUCCGAGAGAGUGCUUUUGAUAAAAGGAAAAACCUGGGUUAAAAUUUAACCCCGGGUUAGCGCUAACCGGCGUUCGAACAACUGGGCCCAGGUUGCUAUUAAGCAUGCGCGGCCCUCAUGUAACCAGCAUUUGUUCGGCCUUCCACUAAAGAUAAAUGGAUGCAAAAAGCGCUCCCACUUCCGCGCAUAAAUUCGAUCACAAACGCUUGCUACGCAGGCUAUCAUUAGCAUACUUGGAAUGUCUGUGUUGUAUCGCUUUCUUACAGAUGUGUACAGCAGUAACCCUGAAGGUGGAAGAGGAAGAUCGAGUCCAACUUCAAGUGGUUAUUCCAAACCAAGAAGACCAAACAGAGCAACCCAGAGUUAUUACGUACCGCCAAGACAACAAAAAUACAAAGACAAAGGAUAGCAAAUGGACCAUGGUAAUUGUUGUCCUCUUGUGCCAAUAAAUUAUGUGUACCUUAGUUCCGGCAGGGCUAAAAUACAGGUCAGAGUACAAGUCACCACGAUACAGAUAAAUGAACAGCAUUAAACAGCAUUACAAGUGUCUCCUGACACUUUUCUCUUAACAAAAUGCUCUAUUAGAUCGAGGGGAAUCUGUGUGGUUUGUUAAUUUAUCGAUGGAGCAGUGACCUGUACUCUUGACCUGUGGAAUGUGACUUGUACUUUAGACCUGCCACCUUAGUCCUGCUUAUAGUAAUCUGGCAAAGACGAUACACCCCAACUGCUCCCGAAAUGAUAUAUAUUUCUAUAUCAUUUCUGCGUAGAAGGUUUACGCUUUUUGAAUUCUAAAAACUAGAUAAGCCCCUCUUUUAAACCCUGUCUACACUAGGGCGUUUUUGCUUGAAAACGCGUGCGUUGUAACUCGUUUUUGCUUUGCGCCCAAACUAAAACAGGCAAUAAUCGAAGUUUUCGAAAACAAAUCUUUUUGAAAGCGGGGGGUUUUUGAAGACGUUCUCAAAGGGAGACGUUUGAGAACAGAGAUGUAUCGUUUUAGUUUGGACGAGUGAAAUAGAAAGUUUUCAAAAAUCCUAACGUUAUAGCUACUGCACGACCCGUAUUCGUCCAUGACCAAGCAUUACUACGGAGGAAACUGAAACCAACAAGUUCGUUAAUAGCCAAUCGUAAGUGGCAGGUGCCGGUUUCUUUUUGAUUAAUUUUUAUAGAGUACGCGAGGACGUUUUCGAUGGCUUUUAAACGAUGUGAAAACGCUUUUGUGGACGUAUAGCGUUUGAUGCGUUUCUG